AUGAAGUAUGCCCGAAUACCUUGAUGAUCAAUGAUAUCCCCAGGACUGUGGGGUUCAUCAUCCACUGCUCUCUCACGAACAAGAUAAACGUGGGAGUGCGCCGACGAACCACACUGUUCUGGGGGUAGGCCCCGAGAUUCACAUUUUCAACUGGAUAAAAUCCCUGAAGAAGUGGAGAGAAUCAUGGAAGCUGGGGGUGUUGUACCGGAUGUCAUUGAUGUAGCCCCACCCAGUACAGCCGAGGUCACAUGGCCCAGUGGCGUGAAAGCCGAGAUGGGCAAUGUUGUUACGCCCACUCAGGUCCAGAACCAGCCAACCGUCACCUGGCCGGCUGAGGAGGGCGUCCUCUACACCGUUGUGAUGACUGAUCCUGAUGCGCCCAGUAGGGCCAACCCUAAGUUCCGUGAAUGGCGCCAUUGGUUGGUCAUCAAUGUACCAGGCAACGAAAUUGCCGGUGGUAGCGCCCGGUCUGAGUACAUUGGGGCAGGCCCACCAAAGGACACUGGCCUUCAUCGCUACGUCAUCCUCAUCUACAAGCAAACUGGGCGAAUCAAUCCAGACAGUGUGCCCUUAGUCUCGGACAGCGAUUUCACAGGUAGAGCUAAGUGGAAGGUGCGUGAGUUUGCACAGUCACAUGGCCUUGGAAACCCAGUAGCCGGGAAUUUUGUCCAAGCUGAGUAUGAUGACUACGUGCCCAAGAUGUAUGCCAGAGUUGAGGAAAUGACCGCCAAGAGGAAGCAGGAGGCAGGAAAAAGUGAAAAAUAAGGUCCAGAAACUCGUGAAAAGAUUAAAACAAGACAUAAGACAAAGAUAUGGAUGACAAGUCAACUGAAGAUGAUACACUGACAUAGAUUUUAUUCACAAGUCAGCCACUUUUAUUUGAAAGCAAGCUUAACUUUUAGUUUUUGAACCUGAGAAUAAAAAUAUGAGCAACAAAAUAAAAUUUUGUUAAGAUUAGUCACAUUUCCAAUGAUGAAUAAUUUGAAAUCUGUGAUUUAUUAUAUGUGGUUUAAGCCACAUUAAAAAAGAAAGUGAGGCAUGGAUCAGAAAAUAGUCUGACACCACCCCAUUAGAUAGAUUACAUUGAGUAAGAUAGAUUCAGGGAACAUAAUUCAAAAUGGCUUCCUUAAGAAUAAGAUCUAUUGUGUGAAUUUAUUGAUAUCCUGUAAAUCUUUAAAAAGACAGUAAAUUCUACACACACACCUGCACUUCCCCAAAGCUGCUGCAAUCGUAACCAAUGCAUGUGCAUUUGAUGCUAAAAGGCUAUUAUUUUGCGUGUUUUCUCAUUUACAAUUCUGUAAUACGAAGUAAUUACAGAAUCAUUUUAUUUUCAGGUGGUUUAUUUGAUUAAUUUCAAUGAGUUAAAUGCAUCAAAUGUGUCUUGAUGACAACAGACAGUUUGUACUUUAUUCUCACUUCACAUUUUGGAGAAGGUAUUUUCGUUUUCUUCUUUUCUCAAUAUUCAUCCUCCGUUAUUCAAUUAAGUCUCAACAAUAAUGAAUUCAUUCCUCACUGUUGGUUCACCGUCAAAAGAAUUCCCAGUACCAAAAACAUGCUUUGUAAAUAUGAUUAUGUCCUCAAGCUGGACAUUUUACAUCAAUCUUGUUAGGAGUGUCUCUGAGAAGAGAGAUUGUUGCCUGUUAUGAGCCUGUGAAGGUUUCCAUAAAGUGACUGCUUGUUGCAUAAAAUGCUUCAUGAAUGCUU